AUGGAGUCGUUACAAGAUAUCGUUGUGGAAGGUGUUACUGCAUUCGUUGAGCCACCUGCAAAGAAUUACCGCUAUGUCAUCGAGUUGAAAAGCUCAAAAAUGAGCAUUUGGAUCGAAGAUCGAACAUCGAAGAAACAAUGGUUUAAGGGCGGCAUGGUCAAAACAGAUUAUGUGUCAUCGGCAAACGCCAUUGCAGAUGCAUCGGAGAGAGAUUACGUCAAGUGCUUCCAAGACAUGUUGGACUGCAAGCUGGACGAUUCCAACGAUGUGCAUCGAAAGCUGUUCCCGAUACAAGGUGGAGGUGUCCGGCUGGAAUUGGGCGUUGCAGUUCGUGUUCUACGUGCGACGCGUCUGGUCACGUACACGUUUGAUCUCGAUCCCGUUUCUGUUGAACGACUUGACAUUUUGGAGUCGAAGUUGCGUGACCAGCAAGAAGAACUGGAGAAGCUUCGUGGUGAAGUACAAGAUUGUGGAGCACCCCUUUUAUGUUAA